CACAACAUGAGUUUCGGGUCCCAUGAAGGUCGUCUCUUGGAGGUUUUCUCGCACUUUGGGAUGAUUCAAAAGGAGUCAUCCAGUGAUCCAGAAGAGGCCCUCAUUAACGUCGUCCUUACUACACCCAAACAACGAUUACUGAAGGACAUAGCUCAGCUCACGGAGGCUUUCCUGGCCAUGCAGUCUCUCUCUCCAGCAGAAACAGUCAAUUACUUGAGUUUCGUGACGGGGUCCCUUUUCGAACUUGUGAGUCACCCUGAUCAGGACGUACGGAUGGCGGCUGACGAAGGAAUUAAUCAAAUAAUAAAGGUAUGCUUCCCUUACGUGCGUCUUGUUGUUAGGCUCUACGCGAUUCAUAUUCUACCCGCUUUGAGUGGCCUGAUAACUCGCGAGGAAGAAAUGGUCUGGGAUUGCCUCUCCAACUCCAUCCAACCAGUAGCCGUCUUCAUCUUCCCGCACACCAGCCAGCAAGAGCUUAUUACAAUACUGCUGAAGGGUCUGCUGGAGAAAAUAGAAUCAGACAAAAACUACAUCCGAAGGUCGGCAGCUAAAAUCCUUGCCUCCUCCGUGGUGCAUUCUAGGCUGCCUCAUGAGCUCUCCUAUCGUCUCAUUCAACAGCUUGCUGGUGAGUCAUUUAACCCGCUAUUGAAAAUCCAUUUGUUUUUCCCUAGACAAUUCACCUCGCCUCCAGGAAAAGCAUUAUUCGUCUUUGCAGGUCGUGUUUUUGUACUGAAACAGCGCUUUCUGUUGGACGAGGCUUCGUCUGAAACUCCCGCGACGGAGACCGCAACGGCCCUUCAGGGAUGUCUUUGGACACUCAGAAAUUUGGCUUCUCUCUUUUCGAGGAUACCGCAGCCAACGUCGACGGGUACGAUUGAACGAACAAGGUCUGAUGGCAAGUUGAUCUCCUCUCACAAUAUCUGA